UUCCUGAUUGAUUCGCGCUCGACGUUUUUGUCGCGCCAUCUCACACGUUUGCCGGGAGGAGAGAGUGUGGAGAAAUUCAUAACAGCAUCAGGAGAAAAAUAUAUACGAUAUGCAAGGCAUCACUUUUUCCCGACAUAUUUUCCCAUUUAAGAGCCCUGAAUGUGUGGGCCCGCGGGCGCCGCGACACAUAUUGGAGUUUACGCGCUGCUUGCCGGAAGAAAAGCCAAUUGGGACCGCGCGCGAUAAUUAGAUUGUGGUUGUUAGUGACUUUGUGUUAUUUCACAUAACGUAUAAACGGCGCACACACCGCAUCUUGGGGUCGUCUUACCUGGUCCGUUGAUUAAGAUCAUGCCGUGGUGUGAUCGAUUUUUCUCCAUGUUUUACGCAUCGCGGCCAGGCCAGGUCGCACUGUUACACUACGGUUGAUAUGGCAUGAUGAAAGUUACCGUGACUGUGAUAUUGUUCACGUUGGCCUGGUUCGGGCCGCUAGCCGAUGGAGAGUUAUUCGGCUCGUCACCGGAAGAGGCCGCUACCAAGGGGACCCUCUCUGGAGAUGUCCAGAACUGGGCGACGCUCAUACAGAAUUACAUUCUCGAGCUGGCCAAUUUGGGCAUCGGUCGCGAUAAGACCCAGGCCCUGUUCGAUUCGGCCAACUACACAUUCGAGCAGAAGGACGGCGAUUCCCUGAUGAACAACGUGGAGACCAGCUUAAAGGAUUAUCUCCGCCGGAAAGAAGUGGCAGCCAAGCGGAUUGCCAGCCACGCCAUUAAGCUGCACGAUGACUAUCUGCGCUCCAAGUUCGAGAACACCACCAUCCGCUACAAACGCUUACGGGAUAUGCCGUUGAAUUUAUAUCGUGACUCCGACAUACCGCAUACCGUAUUACCCAAAAAGAUCAGUCCUUAUUUCAAACAGGAAGUCAAUCACGAUUACAGCACUGUUAAGAUCCCCGACCAAGUCCCUCGAGAUAGCGAGGAAAUCAUCGAUGCCGUCUAUUACAGUGUUGAGCUGGAUGGGGUGUUCCGGCAGAAUCGCAAAUCUGAUCAAUUUAUACGAUGGCAGUAUUUCGGUACGAACGUGGGCUUGAUCCGAUUAUAUCCCGGUCGCGAAUGGGAUACGAAUUUUGCGGGAUUUUAUAACGAUUAUGAUCCAAGAAUUCGUCCAUGGUAUAUUGCUGCCACAAGCGGACCGAAAGACGUUGUGAUAGUUCUGGACUGCAGUGCCUCAAUGAUCGGACAAAAAUUCGAUAUUGCCAAAUCAGUGGCGGUGACUGUGAUUAACACAUUAACCAAGCAAGAUGCUGUUAAUAUUGUUUGCGCAAGGGAAAGCUAUUGGGAUUCAGUGGGAACAUGGCAUAAGUUUAAUUCCAAAGUGCUGGGCUGCCAAAAAACCUCCCUCGUACCCGCCACCAAUGCUCACAGGAAGGAUCUGAUAGAAAAGGUCACCGCCCUGCAGGCUGGCGGGACAAGUGAACUUGAAAUUGGUUUCCGAACGGCUUUUGAGCUUCUCAAGUCGCCUGGACGGGCGCAGUGCCAAAGUAUUAUUGUUUUUGUGACCGAUGGAAAAGACAUUGAUAACGAAGAAGUACGAUGUGCGCCGGGAUAUUACACACGUUCAGGCUAUGUUCCGGGUCCGGUGUGCCGUUAUAAUUGGACCAAAGUGUGGGAUCUUGCCAAAGAACAAAACCAGCUGAUUACACCAAGGGCACGGAUUUUCAGUUUUUUGACUGUUGAUGAGGGCGAAGUCUUUCCCGGGAAUCUGUCGUGCUCCAAUAAUGGUGUGAUGGUGCGCCUGACAGAUGGGGAAGAUCUGAUCAACAACAUGAAACCGUACUUCACGUAUCUGGCUCAGCGCACCAUGGACUGGCCGGGAUUGUGGACUGCUCCGUAUCUGGACGCUUGGGGAUUGGGGGUGGCCAUAACGUAUGCGGUGCCGGCUGUCAGCAAAAUAACGGGAAAAACUAUCGGUGUUGCCGGUGUGGAUGCAACUUUAGAAGAAAUUGAGCAUUUUCUCAUACGUUAUCAAUGGGGUUCCGUCUAUACUUUUAUCAUUAACCGGGAAGGAGAAACCAUUCUACAUCCCAAACUGAAACAAAGCAGUACACUACUUGAAGAUCCCAUCUUUAUCGGUAUUGACCAGCUGGAACAGGAUAAAGACCACAAACCAGAGGCUUUCAGCACCGUGGAACGUGCCAUGCGUAAUCUGGAGAAAGGACGACAGACUAUUUUCAGGAAUAAUGAAAAUGUGACGUAUUAUUACGCGAGUGCCGGGGAUGAGUACAGUUUUGCCUUUGUUCUCGCCAAUUCCGACAUGGUCUUCCGGCGUGCUCAGGAACCGCUGGACGAUCGGCAGAAUACGCAGAGCUACUGGAAUCUGCUGAUUGAGUACAAUACCACCCACGCACGAACCCAGAUCAAAGAUCCUGUAUAUGAGAUUCUGGAUGUGCGGUACAACGACACCAAGUAUCCGCAGUUAACCAUUUCCUACCGGCACUCCAGUAUUUUCUUUGCUCCGAAAUGCCACUGUGAUCCUAACAAGUAUUUCUUUGAUGACCAUCUCCAUACGAAAACAGUGGAUGCUCAUAAAUAUAUUAACGAAGAUGAACCGGAUUCCGGGUGUGAUGGUGGCGGUCAGUAUGAAAAGGGGCUACGGGCCGACGUGAAGAUUACCCAGCCGAUCGAAACCUACUGGAAAGGUCGUGAUUUCGAGUGGAUCGAUCAGAUAAAGUGGACAUAUGUAGGGAUGCGCUCGGGAGUUUUCCGCACUUAUCCCGGACAUCGCAGCACGCGUCUCUACGAUCCUACCACCCGUGCAUGGUUUAAACGGGCAAAGAAUGCCCCGCGGAAGACAGUGAUUUCCAAUGCCUACAUGGACUCAGCCGGUGUGGGCAAGAUCAUCACCAUCUCGCAGGCGGUCUUCGAGGGUCUGCCGUUAAAACGGCAAGCGGAAUGCCUUAAGAGAAAUCCUACUGGUCCAUGGGAAGGCGGCUGUGAAUGUACCCAGGAUAAGGAUUGCAUUUCUGAACGUUGUUACAUGAGUCAAGCUCCGGCCUUUGCGAACGACGAGCAUGCCCGGUGCGCCACGGAGCGUGUGGAAGCGGUGACAAGUUUAGAUAUGCUGUUUAAGGACUUUUUCGACCAGACUGUGAAUAUAAUGCAGUCGACCGAUCCGGCUCCGGCAAAAGGUUGCGACAUGAAAUAUACCUGUCCAAAUAUGAAAGAGAUGUGUCAGACCCGGUGUUACCUGUUUGAUAACGAAGGAUUCAUCCUGACGGACGCUGAUUUUGUCAACGCCAGCAGUUUGGAUGAAAAAAAAUAUCGGGAAGUGUCCUUAGGCAAAAAAGAGGGUGAAAUCAUGAAGGAACUGGUGUAUUUGCAUAAAUUAUUUGUCCGCAAAGAACAAGUGGACUUCCAAGGCACUUGCACUAUUACCGCGUACACGCCAAAGGUCACGUUGUCGGGUAUCCCCAUGAUCCCGGAGGAGCAAGAUGACUAUUAUAAGUUCAAGGGUCCCAUUCCAGCUUUUUCCAAUAGUUAUGGGUGUAUUCAGGAUGUGGUUAAUUACUGGGCUAAUGAGACCGUGCUGGGCGAGACGGGAAUGAUUACUGGAAAUAUAUCCGGUCCGUGCAUGUCUGGCUUCUACUACGUCACGGCACUUCCCAAAACCAAUUUAUUCCUCCUGGUCAUCGAAAACUGGAAGCGGGAACGCGGUCAGAAACCGUACAAUUUCAACUGCAAAAUCACCCAGAGCCUGGUGACAUCCGGUGCAUUUCGCAUCAUCAACGGGACGUGCAGCGCCAAGGAGGGCGGGGAUGGCCAGCGCAAGACCAAAUGUCCUCUUAUGCGCAAUGAAUCACUCAUUAACGUCACGUGUGAUUAUAAUACCGCGAUGCAGGCGGUGCAUCGAGAUUUUUAUUAUUCAUUGCCGGUUGUACUAAUAGUUACACUAAUGAUUUUCUUCUUGAACCCGCCUUAAACGCAUUGCAUGAAUUUUGUCUUUUUUUAAAUUAAUGCAUCUGGAUGUGACUGAGAAAUUAUAAAAUUAAACACUUAUACAUUGAA